GGUAGUGGAAAUGGUGAAGGAUCAACACUAAAUCUCCCUUUACCUGGAGGAUCAGGUGAUACAGCAAUGCGAACAGUUUUUGAUGAAGUUAUUGUAACAUGUGCUCAAAGGUUCAAGCCAGAUAUAAUCCUUGUUUCAGCUGGGUAUGAUGCCCAUCUGUUGGAUCCACUUGCCAGCUUACAGUUCACAAUAGGAACAUAUUACAUGCUAGCCUCCAGCAUUAAGCAACUUGCAAAAGAUUUGUGUGGGGGACGUUGCGUGGUUUUCUUAGAAGGGGGAUAUAAUCUCAGUUCUCUGUCAAAUUCAGUUGCAGAAUCAUUUCGUUCUUUUCUUGGGGAUCAGAGCUUGGCUUCAGAGCUAGACGAUCCAUCCUAUUUGCACGAAGAACCAUUGAAGAAGGUGAAGCAGAUUAUUGAAAAAGUGAAGCACAUACAUUCCUUUUGAUAGCUUAUAUUGACAGUGGUCUAGAAUUAUUAUACAGCUUUGUAUAGGACACCAUGACUUUUCUAUAAUUUGUAUACACCUUUGUUUAGUAUAUACGAUAUAAAUUAUAUUAAUGUUGUA